AUGGCGGCCAAGUCUACAAUUUUUACUCCUUCAGCUACGAAAGCGACGCGGGAGAAGGCCGAGAAGGAAGGUGUCGCUUCCUCCUCAGAACCAGCUUUGCAGCAUGCCACAAUUACCUCCGCAGUCGCUGCUGAUCCGAAGCUCGCACCCAGGAUAGCAGAGAAGAGAUUGUUUCCGCCGCCGACUGCAGCUCGCAGAGGCUUGCUCAGGUUUAAGAUCAAAGAGCAGCUUGAAGAAGGGAGAAGCAAAGGAUGGAACUGGCACAAGGGAGCCGUGCAUGCAUGCAACGUCGAGCCUGAGGAGGACGAGCUGCAAAAGAUCAGAGACAUGUACGGGUACAAGUCGGAAGCGGAGGGCGGUCCUGGUAGACUGUACUUGAUGGUAAGCAGAAGCGUGCGUCGUUAUGUGCAUACACUCACCCCGAACUUACCUCUGUGUGGUUCAUUUCGCGCUCCUAGAUGCUGGCAGACUGCCUUUUGCCCCUGCCACGUCACCCAAUGUCAGGAGUCGUCUCUCCUCCACUCCUGGCGACGACCGGUAUUGUGCCCUUCAGCAUCUUCAGCACAGGCCCAGACAUCAUUGGACACUACUACGAUUGCAUCGUCGCAGCUCGACGCGAGGUUGUGCUUCUCACCAAUUACUGGCAAGGCGGAAAGAACGUCAAUCGGAUCUCCGAAGCGCUUAGAGAGCUCGACAAGAGACAUGGCGAGAGGCGUGCUCAGGCUGCAAAGACGGCAGGAAAAGACGCUGACGCUCUCCCCAAGCCAACAAUUGAAGAGCGGAUCAUCGUAAAGAUCAUGUGGGACAGAGGACCCAGAACGCUUGCAGACUUGUUCCGUCUACGCAAGCCCGUUCCUCCUGGGAUGUGGAAGGAGAACGGUUUGCCAGAGGAAGAUCAGGUCCCCAAUAUCCACAUUGAAGUACUGUGAGUGAAGGAAUACCGCCGGAUCGCAGCUGCGCUCCGCAAAUGACUUAAGCAACCUCGCCCUAAACCCCUUAGUAAUUACCAUCGCCCCCUUAUGGGCACAUUCCACGCCAAGCUCCUUCUUGUCGACCGCCUUGUUGCUCUGAUCAAUAGCAACAACAUCCAGGAUCGACCAAACAUUGAAGCCUGCACCAGAUUAGAAGGCGAUGUUGUCAAUUCGGUGUACGAUCACGCUCUGAUUUCUUGGGGGAAUGCUUUGCGUCCGCCUUUGCCUUGUCUCGGCUCGCCUGCGCCGAAAGUACCCAGUCAAAAUGCGUUUGCUGGCGGCGAAUUCUCAAGUUUGCCUGCUAUCAGCACGACACAGUUGAAGGAGAUGGCACAGGCGGCUCGAGCUCGACUCCUCGAGGAGGACCAAGAGACAGAGGAGGUAUCCAGUCCUACCUUUGGCCCUCCUCGACGUCGAAGCUUUGCCGAAGUCGUCGAUGUCGUGAUGCAGUCCCGCAGGGAGCAGAGUGGACACGCUGCCACGCCUCAUGCGGGACCGAACAGCGGGGAUGCAAACCUUGCAGCAGGUGCCACUGAGCAGCAUACAUCAGCUGCGAGCGGUGAAGCAAAUGUGGAGGACGCUCGGCGUGCUGGGCAGCUCUGGGCGCAAAAAGUCCUGAGGGAGCGCUUUGGACAUUUGAACCUUCCAAACUUUGGGAGCAGCAAUCCCAGCACACCUACUGCCGCGAGUGCACCUGCUUUGCCCUCUAGUCCCGAAAAGGCAGUUCCUACCACUACCGGGCACACGCCGCCUGCAAGCCCAUCUUUUGGACCUCGACGCCACUUUGCAGACGUAGUAGAGGCUUUGAUGAAGAAGGAAGGCAUCAAGCCGAACUUGUGGACAGAAGGCGCUCUUGACGCAUUUGGGCUGGGCCCUAGCUCGAGCAGAAAUGUUGCAGAGGACGCUCGCCGAUCGCGCGCUGCACGUGGAGGAGCCAAAGAUGCUGCAGCUCGCGGCAUCAGCGUACCUAAGGUGGUCGCCGAAGAACCGAGCACCGUCGACGAGCUCAACCUGGACAACACCAGUCAGCCAGCACAUGCGGAUGGUGCUCCAGCCAUCAACACUGAACAAAGCUCUGAGAAGGUCGAAGGCGAAAUUGCCGAUGUUGAUGCUCCAAGCUCCGACUUUGGCUCUAGUGCGACAGCUCAGCGUCUUGCACAGGGCGAUAGCCUUGAACCAAUUUCGCCUCCAGAGGAUGCUCUGUCACCGCAUCAGGCGUCCAGCUCUGGUGGUGACGACGACGAGAGCGCAAAAGUAGCUGGAACAAGUGAUGGCCAUGAGGAAGGUACACCCGGCACGCUUGCGUACCGUCAGAAGCUCAAAAGGACUGCCUCCAUCGCCUCCAGAGUAUCAGCCAAGGAACGACUUGCUGCCAUCACCAAGUCGUUGGAUUUUGCAAAUCUCAGCCAAGUCAAAGGCGAAAUCACUGCCGAGCAGCUCGCUGCCAUGUCUCAGGCGGCAGGUGUGGACCCCUCCAAGAGCGGCCCAGGAAGUGUCUCAGCCUCGGAAGGCGCUGCAGCAAGUGAAGUCAUCGACUUCAACCCCUUUAUCUUCCAUAAGCCGCACGCCCCCGUCCCAAUGGCGCUGGUCAAUCGCAGACCACACGGUACGCCUGGACACAAUGACAUUCGAAAUGCGCAGGAUGCCGCGUGGUUGGCUGGUUUCAGAUAUGCCAAGCGGCAUGUGUUCAUCCAAUCGCCAACCUUGAACGCCACACCUAUCAAGCACGCCAUCCUGCACGCAUGCCGCCGAGGAGUUCGAGUGGAGCUUUGGUUGGGCUUGGGCUUCAACGACAAGUCGGAAAGCAUGCCUUUUCAAGGCGGAACAAAUGAGCAAGUCGUGACGCGCUUGUAUCGUCAGCUGCGACGUGAAGGCAAGGGCGACGAGGACAAUCUAGAGAUCUAUUGGUAUACUGGCAAAGACAUGACGAGGCCUCUCAAUGCGGUUCGAAAGCAGAGAAAUUGCCACGUCAAGUAUGCACAGUUUGAUGAUCAGGUGGCCAUCAUUGGGAGCGGCAACCAAGAUACCCAGAGCUGGUACCAUUCGCAAGAGAUCAAUGUCAUGCUGGACAGCAAGGAGAUCGUCAAAGAGUGGAACGACGGGCUGCGAAGAAACCAGAGCACCGAACUCUAUGGCCGAGUCGAUACGGACGGGAUCUGGCGCGGCAGACAUGGCAAGGAAACCGUGGACAAGGGCGGGGAUGACUGA